AUGUCAGGGCAAUGCUCCUCCCACACAUCAUCUCAGUUUGAUGCAACUUUUGUUGAUCCCAAUGUACUGGAUGUGUGUUCUGGAUACAAGGCCACCGACGUAUCUGCCAGCAGGACCAAGUUCACCACAACCCUCAUUCUGGCAGGAAAGCCAUGCAACGUCUUCGGGAACGAUAUUCAGAAAUUGUCGUUGAGCGUUAAGUACGAGACUGUGUAUAGGAUACAUUGCAAUUUGCCCACAAAUAUGUGA